AUGCACGCUGCCUCCGGCGUCCUUCUGGUCGACCGGCACAUUGAAAAGAACGGUGGCACCUCCUUCCGAUCGGUGCUGACGCAGGCUGAGCGUGCUGGCCACUGCAUGUACUGGGGCUUCUCACAAAACUCGGCCGCAUGGAACUCCACUGUGCACGCGCUCCUUCGACUCUCGCCCGAGGCGCCGCCUCCCCGGCUGUGCAUCGAGGCGCACAGCUACAUCGACUACGGCAUUCCUUGGCGGAGGCGGCUGCGCCAGCUCGUGGCGCUGCGGAGGGUGUGGCGAGAGCGGAGCGUGCCGAUGAAAAUGCUCCUGACUGUGCGCUUUCGGAGUCCGCUCGACUACUACCUCUCCUUCUUCACGUGGAUCGUCGCCGCUCGGCAGGCGCGAGAUGGCAGGCGCUUCGGGCACAACUUUUCGCAGUGGGUCGCGGUGUCGCCCAACCUGCAGGCAGAGAUCCUGCUCUACUCGCGCUCGGCCAACACCGCCGCGUAUUGCCCACUCGUGCAUGAGGAGCGGACGGCGUGGGCGGCGCGGUGGCGAGGAGGAGACCACAACGCGACGGCGCGGGCGGCCGCUGCGUGGCGGUCGCUGCGGUCGUACGACGUGGUCGGCACGACCGAGCGCUUCGACGAGAGCGCUCUGCUGGUGCUGCGCCGGCUCGGCUGGGGAGAGGAGGCGCCCCCCACCUCCGUCGCCCUCAGCGCCGCCGCGACGGUGCAGCCCGGCUGCAUGCGGGCCGAGCCAGCGACGGAGAGCAACUGGUGGUGCUACCUGCGGGGCGCGUCGAGGCGCGACGAGCGGAGACGCAUCCUGAGGAGAGUGUGCCCGGACAUGGGCGAGUGCGCCGCGCUGAUGCGGCGGUACGCGCCCGCGGACGCCGGCUGCUCCGACUACGAGGGCAAGUGGGCGCACGCCGCCGAGCAGAACUUCUCCUCUCCGCGCGCCUGCUUCGUGGCGGACCAGGCGGUGAUGGGGCCCGUCUGGAGGCAGCACGGGCAGCUGGAGCCGGCAGGGACGCCCAGGAAGAGCAAUCUGAAGCACGCUGGACGCGCUUACUCUUCCGACGCUCUCUCCGGUUCUCAUUUUGCGGACUUUUUCUGA